AUGGUCCUUCAUCGUUUUUUUCAACUCACAUUUAUUCUCAUCUUUACUCCAGGUCCUUCAGUAAGUGGUUGCAGUGUGAAUGUCACACAGCCCGAAGAGCAUAUUUAUGGCAGAAUUAAUGAGUCAGUUUCUAUCGAUUGCCUUGUUAAGUGGUUGGAUUGUGCAGACAAUGAGCACCAGGUGUUCUGGUACGUGUUUAAUAGCGACUCCCACCAUCAGCUGAAUACAGAAAGCCAACCACACAAAUACUCAGUGGAUAAUAAAAUGCUUCAAAUCAAAUCACUCUCACACAGUGAUGAUGGGGUGUAUUACUGUGCCACUGAGAAAACAAACCAUACAACAACUUUUGGAAUGCAGGCUUUUGGGAAAGGCACCACCCUUAUGGUUACAGAUAACCACUUCAGCACCAGCCAGGUUCUGCUGCUUACACUGGUGGUCCUGCUGUCCAUCUAUAGUCUUAUAAUCCUGUCACUCAUCAUCUGUAUAAAGAUGGGAAGAGCAACAUCAUUUAUUAAAAAAAGAACGAGUAAAAGACAAGUCAAGAGUGACUCAAAUAAGAGUGUGCAUUUUGGGGCUGUGGUGCAAGAACUGUGCAGCAAGAGGAACUUGCACAGAAACAAAAAACCCUCAUCUAAUGAUGUUUCACAGGAAAACAAGUUAAAGUCCCCAGAUGGGAAAGAUGACAUAUACCAAAACCUGAAGAGAACUAGAUAGAAGUUGGAGUAAAACCCCAGUGAUGGUCUUAUUGUACAACAAUAUAAGUAAACAUAAAGCAGGGAAAGAAAAACAGUGACUGACGGAAAUAAAUUAAUAAAGCUGGCAACCGGUUCUAACUUGCAAGACUUAAUCUAAACCAUUAAGCCAACAUGUGAAACCCAGCUCUGAUAAGUGUUAAAGUGGAACUUCCAUUAUUGCUAAACAUUUCCUCUGUUGCACGAAUAAACGCUUUGUAGUAAAAUA